UCACUUGAUGAAAAAUUAAAAACCAGACUUCAAAACUUGAUUAAAAACUUGAGCUAAUUUCCAAACAUAAGAACCUAAAGAUGGCAAAUGCUGCUUCUUCAGCCCAUAUCCCAGAGGUGGUGCUUGGCUCCUCCGUUGGCCCCAAGAGCAUGCCUGUGCUUGCCUUUGGCACAGCAGCUGACAACAUACAGCCUAAUCUGUUGAAAACAGCAGUUCUUGAGGCCAUCAAGCUUGGCUACAGGCACUUUGAUACAGCUGCCAUUUAUGGCUCAGAGCAGACUCUGGGUGAAGCUAUAAAAGAAGCACUUAAGCUUGGCCUUGUUGCUUCCAGAGACCAACUCUUCAUCACUUCAAAGUUAUGGAGCAAUGAUGCUCACCCUCAUCUUGUCAUUCCUGCUCUCAAGAAAUCACUUGAAAAUCUUCAAUUGGAGUAUCUUGACCUGUAUCUCAUCCACUUGCCCAUCAGUGCCAAGCCAGGAAAAUUGAUGGUUGGAGAAUUGGUGUCCGCACCAGUUGACCUUAUGCCCCUGGACUUCAAGGGUGUGUGGGCAGCCAUGGAAGAAUCUCAGAAACUUGGCCUCACCAAAUCAAUUGGAGUCAGCAAUUUCUCCAGCAAAAAGACUGAAACUAUACUCUCUUUUGCUACCAUUCCUCCUUCAGUUAAUCAAGUGGAGAUGAGCCCAUUCUGGCAACAGAAGAAGCUAAGAGACUUCUGCAAGGCCAAUGGUAUAGUUGUGACUGCGUUCUCUCCUUUGGGUGCCAUGGGAACCGGCUGGGGUACCAAUCAUGUUUUGGAAAGCAAAGUGCUUCAGGAUAUAGCAGAGGCUCGAGGAAAAACAAUUGCUCAGGUUUGCAUUAGAUGGCUGUACCAGGUAGGGGCAACUCUUGCUGUUAAGAGCUACAACAAGGAGAGGUUGAAGCAGAAUCUGCAGGUGUUUGACUGGGAGCUAUCAGAGGAUGACCUUAACAAGAUCAAUCAAAUCCCACAGCACAAAAUGAUGUUGAAAGAAGAACUGGUUUCGGCUGAUGGAUCAUCAUCACCGUACAAAUCCGUUGAAGAAUUAUGGGAUGGAGAGAUUUAGGCCUGAAAUGAAAACCAAUCCUUGUGUAACACGUUUUGUGUGCGUCCAAAAAUAAAGGCGCCUUUUAGUCAUUUUCAGGAAAACCUAGCCGCUCUCUCCCUCCCUAGGAAGGAAAACCCAAGGUUUGAAGACUUAGCCGCCACCCCCUCUAUUCCGGAUCUAUUUUGUCCGGGGACUGCCAUUGCCUGUAGCCGACGUGGUUGCUCUGUUGUUUCAGUUUGUGUUGUCAGCGCUUUGUAUUUUGUUUGUUUCUUUUGCAGAUUUGAGAUUUGAGAUCCAUGCUGGAUAUCUACUCCAGAUCUGUUGAUUCGUCUCAAUUUGUGAUUUGGUGACAAACGAGGUGACCGAGCGUGCUGUGCGGAUCUUUUCAGCCUUUUGUGCUGUUUGUGCUUCAACCCGUUGGUGGUGUUGAUCAAUAAUCUCUUCUUGUAUUUUACUUGUAAUUUACAUGUAAGAGCCUCAAGUGUUUGUUGCGUCAGUAUACUCCCACCUAUCUGGAUAACCUUUUGUGGUUACGCUUCCGCAUUUGUAUCAACUCUAAAUGAGUAUUUGUAUAUGCCCUUAUACUGACUAAUUUAUAAGGGUAA